AUGGAGCCCCCAGCUAAGAAACCGCGCAAGCUCCUUGAUGAUGAUAGCUCCAGCGAUUCAGGAGACGAAUCUGGCGGAGUUCCCAUCACCGAUCAGUCGGAACCUGGAUUCAAGAUCAACGAAGAGUAUGCGCGACGCUUUGAACACAACAAGAAGCGGGAAGAACUACAGAAACUGGAAUCGAAAUUAGGGAAAACUUCUGCGCUUGGGAAACGCCGUGACCGCGACGAAGAUGAGUCGGACGGUUCGGAAGACUCGUCGUCCGAUGAAGAGGAAGAUGAGGAUGGAGAACUGAUUACAGAGGCUGUUGACCAGGAGAUCAUGGCAACACUUAACGCAAUUCGAUCAAAAGACCCACGUGUAUACAACAAAGAUGUGAAAUUCUACACUGCCCUCGAAGAAGAAGAAGAAGAGCCCAAAGCGCCGAGCUUGGAGAAAAAGGAUAAGCCCAUGACACUGCGGGAUUAUCACCGUGAAAAUCUUCUGAGUGGCGCUAAUCUGGCGGAGGACGAUGCAGCCGAAACCCCCAAGACCUACGCCCAAGAACAGGAGGACCUGAAGAGUGCAAUCGUCAAGGAGAUGCACGCCGCUGCUGAAGACGAGGACUCGGUUGCGGAUGAGGAUAACGAAGAUGGAGGAUUCCUCAUUCCGAAGUCAACUACUAAGCGGGCCCCGGAACCAAAGGAGGAAAUCAAGUUAGACGUCGAAAACGCGGACAAAGAUCCUGAAACUUUCCUCUCGAACUUUAUGUCUUCCAAGGCUUGGAUCCCCGCUGGUCGAUCUGAUCUGCAGCCGUUUGAGUCUGAGGAUGAGGAGGAGGAGGAGCGUGCCGAAGCUUUCGAGGAGGCAUAUAACUUCCGCUUCGAGGACCCUAGCAAGAUGAACGCGGCUUUGAUCACACACGCUCGUGAUAUGACCAACCAACAAUCGGUCCGAAGGGAGGAAAAGAGUACCAGGAAGAAGCUUCGCGAGGCUGAGGGUAUGCGCAAGGCAGAGGAGAAGAAGCAGCGCGAUGCUGAGAAGAGCCGCCUGCGCAAACUCAAGAUGGAGGAGCUCCAGGAGAAGGUCAACAAGAUUAAGGAAGUCGCUGGCUUUCGCGCAUCUCAUUUCACAGAUGAGGAUUGGGCUCACUUCCUGGACGAUGCUUGGGAGGACGACAAGUGGGAAAAGGAAAUGCAGAAGCGCUUCGGCGAGGACUACUAUGCAGAGGAUGAUGGCGCCGGUAGCGAUGGUGAGAGCAAGGGCAAGAAGAAGCGUCCAAAGAAGCCUACCUGGGACGAUGAUAUUGACAUUAAAGACUUGGUACCGGAUUUCGAGGACGAGGAAACGGUAAAGCCGACAUUGGAGGAGUCCGAUGUCGAAAUGCAGGACGGAGGCGACGAUGAUGACGAGGAGAGCACAAACAAGAAGAGCAAAGCUCAGGAAAGACGAGACCAGAAGCGGGAAGCUCGCAAGGAGCGACUCCGGAUUGAGGAGGCGCUCGACCGCAACUUGGAUCUCGAUAUUGCUCUUCUCCCUGGCGCCACGAAGAAGAACACGACGCGCUUCCGCUACCGCGAGACCUCACCUGAAAGCUUUGGGCUGACAGCACGAGACAUUCUCAUGGCAGAUGAUGCAGCGCUGAACCAGUUUGCCGGUCUGAAGAAGCUGGCUUCUUUCCGGGACCCUGAGAAGAAGCGCCGUGACCAGAAGAAAUUGGGCAAGAAGGCUCGUUUGAGGCAAUGGCGCCAAGAUAUCUUCGGAGAUGAGGAAGGGCCCGUCUUCAAGUUCGGUGGAGAGAAGCCUGCCGCUGACGCCGAGCAGGCUGAUGCUGGCGAUGGCAAGGUUGACAUUCGGGAAGGAGAGCCUAAGCGGAAGAAGAGAAAGAGGUCUAAGAAGCACUAA